AUGGCGCAUCAUGGACAUAGUCACCUACGCCACAAGCGGAUGAGCAAGCUCAUCCAAGCCAGGCACCAUGUCGAGGAACAGGAAGCAGCAAAUGCGGAUAGAGAAGACUCCAACGCCAAGAUCCUCCGGGCUGUGAAUAUACUUGAAACCCCCAGUUCUUCAACUUCUGAAUUGGUCCCGAAUAAUGCCUGCAAUCCGUUACAAGAUUUAACUUGCCUCGAAGAUACCGCCGAGACACAAGCCGGAUCACUUUUUAAACGACAAGAGGCUGACUCACCCUCAACCAAGGUGGUUGAGACCAUCUUGCAUUUGGUGGAUCAGAAUUCCCACACCCUUUGGGUGUCCACGGCGCCUGGUUUUCCGAUGACCGUUUCAAACCCUGCGUUUGGCGCUUUCACCUUCACUGCCAGUGAAACGGCAUCAGCAGAGCUGUCCUUGUCGACCGCUCCCACAAACUUACUCGCUACCCCGCCGGCAAACUCGACAACUCAGACUACACCGCCACCUACGGUCAAGCAGACCCAAACAGCGCCAAUCUCUUCGCAGAAGAUCUCUUUGCUAGCCGGCACUUCAAUUCCGUAUACAUCGACUCCACUGUUUGAGCCAGCACCGUCUGCGACUCCAAAUUCUACAACCAUUUUACCGACGUCGACAUCUGCUUCCUAUGCGGAUGGUGGUUACGAUACUUGGUAUUCUAGUUCCAGCUCUUUUGAGGUCCCAUAUUCCAGCAUCACACCGUGUGCUUCAACGAGUGCCUCGUGGGAUUCCGAAGAGACUAGCGCCGGUCUUAGUAUCAGUACCAGUACCGGUACCAGUGUCGGUGGUGGAGCGGAGACAUUUACGGGGAAUUCCCAACCUACUUCAUCCUCAGGGUCAGGAUCAGGACCAGGACCGACCCAGGAUGCCAGUACGCCUAAGAUCGUGGGCGGUGUCGUAGGAAGUGUUGCAGGUCUCGCCGUUAUCUUCCUUCUUUUAUUUUAUCUUUUCCGCCGUCGAAAGUUCUUACAACAGCAGAGUGCCCAAGGUCUUCCAUCCAGUGAUGCCGGAACACGCGGCAUAUCCGAACGGACUUUGAGCAACGACAACGAUCCUUUGUUCUCGGCAUCUUAUUUAGCACCCGCCUUUAUGAAACGUUGGCGCACUUCGACUAUGACCACCGCAACCGAGAGUACCAUAUCAUCGUCUGGCACGAGCGAGCGAGGAUUCCAGAAGCUUUCCGGUCGCAAGAUCCCUCCUGUCCUCACUCACGGAGGCGACGGGUACGGCGGUGGCUUAGAUGGCGACUCUCCUACUCUUCCUGGCUUCUCCCCCAUAUCUCCUAGCGGGGGGGCCACUGGUCUCCCCUUCGACGUAUGGACCUCCUCCGGCAUCACCAUUCGGCAUGCCGUUGGAAACCAAUUUACGAGAGGCUGA